AUGCAGAAUGCAGAGCCAGUUACAGAUUAUUCCUCACGAGUGCAAAAGGUGGCAAAAGAGAUGAAAAUAAAUGGAGAGACUUUAGAUGAUGUCAGAGUAAUGGAGAAAAUUCUACGAUCACUAUCAAGAAAGUUCGAUUAUAUUGUCACUGCCAUUAAAGAAGUCAAAGACUUGUCAGUUAUAUCUAUUGAUGAGCUUGUGGGUUCUCUUCAAGCUCACGAGCAAAGAAUGAAUCUGAAUGAAGGUUCUAGCAAAUUGGAGCAAGCUUUGCAAAGCAAGUUAUCCCUUGAUGUAAAUCAAGCCAGUAGCAGUAGCUAUGGACGUGGCAGAGGAAAUCAUGGUGGAUAUAGAGGUGGUUUCAACACCCGAGGUGGAUUCAACACUCGAGGCGGUCGUGGCAUACGCGGUGGAUAUAGUCAAACAAAUAGAAGAUUUCAGACUGAUGCUGUAGCAUAUGGACGUGAUCAAGGAGGAUAUAAUAAUCGUGGUCGAGGUCGUGGUUUCGUGACCCGAGGAGGAGGAAGAUUUCAACAAAGAGGUGAUAAAUCUCACUUGCAGUGUUAUAAUUGCAACAGAUAUGGUCAUCUCAGCUAUGAGUGUAGAGAUGCUGCUAGAGUUGCGGAGAGAAGUCAUUAUACAACAACUGAAGAGAAAGAUGAUGAACCGACCAUGUUGUUCACUUACAAAGGCGAGGAAGAUAGUGGGAAAGAUGUUUGGUACCUUGAUACUGGAGCUAGUAAUCAAUGUGUGGCAAAAAAGAGUUAUUCACAGAGCUGA